AUGCGUCAAGAAAGCGUUGUUCUGGAAGAAUGGGACGGUGUCAGCGUGGCGGCGGGCAGCGGGAGCAGCACCAGGCCGAGGUGGAGGCGAUCAGCGGGACAGCAACGGUCCAAGUUGGAGGCGGUCAGCGGGACAGCAAACGGUCCAAGGUGGAGGCGGUCAGCGGGACAGCGACGGUCCAAGUUGGAUGGCAAUCAGCGUGAGAGCAAUGGUGCAAGGUGGGGUCGAUCAGCGGAACCGCAACGGUCCAAGGUGGAGGCGGUCAGCGGGACACCAACCAAGGUGGAGGCGUUCAGCGGGACAGCAACGGUCCAAGGUGGAGGCAGUCAGCAGGACAGCAACGGUCCAAGGUGGAGGCGAUCAGCGGGACAGCAACGGUUCAAAGGUGGAGGCGGCCAGCGGGACAGCAACGGUCCAAGGUGGAGGCGAUCAGCGGGAGAGCAACGGUCCAAGGUGGAGGCGGUCAGCGGGACAGCGACGGUCCAAGGUGGAGGCGAUCAGCGGGACAGCAACGGUCCAAGGUGGAAACGGUCAGCGGGACAGCAAUGGUCCAAGGUGGAGUCGAUCAGCGGGACAGCAACGGUCCAAGGUGGAGGCGGUCAGCGGGACAGCAACGGUCCAAGUAGAGGUAAUACGAUCACCGGAACAGCCGAUAACGAUUCGAUUCAAUUUCAACACCGCGAGCCUUGCUUCUGGGUAUGCAGACGAUUCUUUGAAUCGUCCCACCAGGGGUACCAAAUUAUGUGUAGGACGCUUCACCUGUGGUAAAAGGACCUGGUGAAUAUCUCCUGUCCUUCACACAAGAGGGGAACCAGCUUCUAUAGUGGUUGAUAUAAUUAGACUCUGAUAUUCUUUGUCGAGUCGAAGCAAGGUGUAAAUCGGUGUUGAAAUGAUUAAAAUACGUGUGAGAUAAUUAGUUUAUUUAACACAAACACUAAUAUUUACAAGUAUCGUACAAAAUAAUUAUUAUUGUUUUUACUACAACAAAAAAACAUACAUAAAUUUGCUAUGUGCAAUUGACAGUAAAGUGAACCGCGAUUUAAGAGUGAAACAUGUGAUUAGUAACAAGUGAGAGAAGAUUCGCGUGAAAAACCGUGUAA